GGCGGGUGGUUCAAACAACCGGAUGUGACGUUUCGGACAGACCCGUUGACUGGUUUGUUUUGGUUCUCAGGUUGGCAUGGAGCUGUAAUGACUAACAGAUAAACAGCGUUAUGGGGUUGAGUUGGUCUCUUUUCCGAACUAUUUACAUGAUUUAUUCGCUUUAGUUUCAAACGUUUAUCUUAAAUGUCUCGUUAAGUCGCUCUGGCUGUGAAAACCUUCAACACAAUGAAGCUAACAAGCUAAUAUCCGGCAGCAGGCUAACAGAGCUGAUAACGUGAAGCUAGCUGCUGUUUACUGUUUAAUGUUCAUCAAUAUCUGAAGAACAUGAAGAGAAAAGUGGCCAAAUUAAGACUGAGCCCCAACGAGGAGGCUCGGAUCAUACGAGAGGAGCACGAGAGGAGGAGGAAACUACGAAUACAGCAGGUGCGGGAGCAGCAACGGCACAUCGCGAUGCAUAUCCGCCGAGAGGUUGAGCGGAGACGGCAGCGUGAGCUGGAGCAACUGGAGGAAGAGCUGAGGGAGGACUGGGAGCAACAGCAAAGGGACAAACUCCACACACUGCAGAGGCUGUACGAGGAGAGCCUCCAGCUUCUCGGUCAGGGACACAGGAGUGCAAAAGAAAACGAACCCGACUUGGCAGCCAUAGCUCAGCGGGAGGUGGAAAAUCACGUCAAAGCAGAGGAGCGCUUUCGAGAAGCCCUGAAGGAGCUCAAAUCACAGAGACUUAAAGAUUAUGAGAGGCAAAGCCGAUCCGUCCAUGCCAGGAAGAAGGCUCUACAGGCGGAAAAGGAAAGAUCAGCAAAAGUGGCAAGCCUCCCACCCCCUCUCCCAAACCCCAUUCAGCAGAGCAUCGAUUCCAAGAAACCACAUGUAGUAAAGAAAUCUGAUGUGAGUGCCUUCGCUGCCACGCAUUACCACAUGCCUGAGAGCGCAGUGGACAGAGAGGCGGACACAGAGCAGCCUAAUGCCCACGAGGGAGCUGAGCUGGAGGGGAGGAGACUGCAGGACGUCCAGAGGGAGGAGAAGAGGAGGAGAGAGGAGCAGCUUGAGAAGGCUCGUCUCAGAGGGAAGGAGGCUCUGAGGAGGGAACAUCUCGUCCAGGAUCGUGAGCGCUUGCUUGUUGAACUGGAACACAUGCAGCAGACGGACCUGCUGAGGAGGAGACAACAGGUGUCACAGAUGCCUCCUCAGAUCUUCCAGCCUCUCUAUAAGAGACAGGAGUCGAGGGAGGACUACCAGAGGGAGAUGGAGUUUGCCUUUGAGGACAUGUACACUGGAGAGAGGAGGGUUAAAGGUGACCUGGUAGUCCAGCUGGUACCAGAGCCUCUGCCAGCUCUGUCCACCAGCAGCCAGGACCAGGAGCUGGACGUCACACUGGAUGAAAACGCAACACAAGAAAAAGGAAACGCACACCAUGACACGGAGCAGGAAGCUGGAAGCACGGAGCAGGAAACUGAAGUGGAGCCCUCCAGAGCUGCUCCUAGACAGGCGCUGAAGAAACUCCUGGAUCGUAUCAGGACCCAGAGGAACCAGUGGACCGACCACAACAGUUGUGUACCUGCAGCCGAUUCACCGACCGCCAUCAGCGGUCAGAUCCCAGAGCGAGACUCAACCAUCGACACGGGCUCUCUGACAAGCGAGGAGAAGGAGCCGGCUCACUCACCACCGGCGUUGGAGACGACAAAGCAGCCAGCUUCAGCAAAUCCUCGACUUCCUGAUGUUCUUGCCAACAGAAUCAAAGACUUUGAAGAAGAACGAAAGAAAAGGGAACAGGAGCUGGACAGGGAGAAGCAGCAGCAGCUGGUUUUGCUGCAGGAACUGGAAGAGCAGAAAGCGAAACUGGAGCAGAUGCUGCUUGAAGCUCAGCAGGAGAGAGAAGAUCUGAAGGCUGCUGUCACCCAGCGGGUACUUGUUAACCAACCACAAGUACCUCUCCAUGACCAGGAAGUCACCUCUGUCCCUCCAGUCACUGAGCUGGUGCGCCCUGCAGGUGAAGACGACCACACCAGAAGGAUUAAAGAAUAUCAACAGAGGCUGCUGGAACAAAACCGGAUUCACCAGAGGUCAGUGGAGGUGGCUCGUCAGCGCCUGGAGGAAUACCAGCGAGCUCUACGGAUUCGUCACAACAUGACUUCAGGACUCAUUCACCCACAUCUGCGCGGCGCUCCGUCUGUGCACCUUCCAGCUCCCCUGCAGCUCCCUACAGCUCCUGGAGUGUCUGCAUACAUCCACGCUAAACCACAAACCCCCGUGGAAGUUCCCACAAGAGAGUUUGACAUGUUGGCUUCAUCUUCACGACUUCCAGGCUCCAGUGCAAGCGUUGGCUCCAAGUUGCUGCCGGAUGAAUCUAUUUCGAGCGAUCCCAGGAACCAGAGACCGGACGUCACUGCCUGGCUGACUGACAACAUAAUGGAGAGAGUAACGGAGCAUCUUCCUGAGAGAGUGAGACCCUCCUCAGAGCCACUGCCUUACAAACUGUUCACAACACAUCACUCAGCCAGCAUCCCGCUCCAGCCGACCUCUGAUCCCAUCCAAGCCGUCAGCCCGAGCAUCACAUAUGGUGCACCUCUGGUUCCGGGCCAUGCAGAGGUUAAGCGUGGCUCCCUGAGGACUGGGUCCCUGAGCUCCAGAGAGGACGACGACAUGGAGAGGCAGAGACGAGAGCUGCAGGAGGUCCAGAGACGGGUGCUGCAGCAGAGGGAGGCGGCGGCGGUGCUGCAGCAGCAGAGGGAGGCGCUGGCGCUGCAGCAGCAGAGGGAGGCGGUAGCGCUGCAACAGCAGAGGGAGGCGGUGGCUCUGCUGCAGCAGAGGGAGGCGGUGGAACUGCAGCGGCAGCAGAGGGAGGCGGUGGCGCUGCAGCGGCAGAGGGUGGCAGCGGCGCUGCAGCAGAGGGAGGCGGUGGAACUGCAGCGGCAGCAGAGGGAGGCGGUGGCGCUGCAGCGGCAGCAGAGGGAGGAGGUGGCGCUGCAGCAGCAGAGGCAGCAAGAAGAGGAGAGGCAGAGACAGGAAGUGGAGAUCGAGCAGAUGAGGUGGCAAAAGGAGACGUUGCAGGCUCUGAUUGAUACUGAUGCACAACCAGCUCCAGAGGCUGCCGGUGAAAUGUUGGUUUCAGAGGACAUCAAUCAGACCCGCCUCAAAUUACUUGUGUCCCUGUUGAGAGCUAUAGAGGAAUCUAACGGAGGAACGUUGUCACACCUAGAAGAGCCUCAGAAGAAAGAUGGCUCCCCUCCGCAACCGCCAUCUAACAGUGGUGAGACAGCUUCAUCAAUAUCGUGGAGUAAUUUUAAAAUUUUCCAUGAAGAUCUCAUCUCUCAGAGCGAUGUUCCUGCUGGACCUGCCCUGGCGUCAGUCCUCCCCUCAGGACUCUUCCCUCCUCCUCGAGCAGCAAAGCCCCCGGUGAGCCGCGUCAGGCUGGGCGUCAUGGAGAUGAUGACUGAACAACAUGAGCUGAGUGCUAUUCAAGAGGUGGAGACACCAGUCAACACCAGCCAAGUCACAGGCCCGGAGGACACAGUGACGGUUCCUUCACACACUCUGGCCUGGGCUCAGCAGGAGGAUUCAGAAUCGUCGGUGGCCUCUGACAGGACCCCGCAGACACCCUCUUGGUCCAGCAGCGAGCAGCGGACUGCUGAGCGAUCGACCGGCUCUGAAACAAGAUCAGGAACAUCCAGCCCUCUCGUCUGGAGAGAGAGGCUGCUGAUGGGGGCAGAAACAUCUCCAGAAUCCUUAGAGUCUGAUUCAGCCCUGAGGAGAAUCUCAGUGCUUUCCUCUGACUCUGGGAGAGGAGCCGACGACUACUCUGGUCCUGCAGUCACAAGCUACAGAUCCCCCACAGAGUCUGCACACAGGACUCCUGAUUCUGACUGCCCCUCCUCCACCACCGUCUCCACCGGCAGCUACAUCACCACCGAUCCUGAGCAAAACGUGAACACUGAUAAUUCCUCACCUCUGAGACGAGGAGCAUGUUUACUCGAAGUCUCCUCUUCAUCUGGUCAGAGCAUCUGUAUUGAGGACAGCUCGGCUGCAGGCCGUCCUGGUCUGGCUGUAGACUCUCUGUUUAAUAACAGCAGCAUCCAGAACAUCAUAGACCGAUACACAAGGGAGCUUAACAUCUCCCUCAGCACCGCUGGCAAAACCACAGACAGUGAAGGCUCAUACGUGGAGGAACCCGGCUCUUCAGUUUCUCAGCAGUCUUUGGCUCAAGUCUCGGAGAGGAGAGGGGAGGAUGAAAGCUCUACGGCUCGUCGGUCUCUUUCCUCAGACACUGCAGAAGCACAGAGGAGUGGCCUGGACAGGGCCAAUGCAGUCAAUCCAAUCCUGGAGCACUUCUCCGGUGAGGACCCAUCACUUGCUGAGGACUCUUUCAGACCUCUGAUUGGCCAACACACAGACCAGUCAUCCUGUCUCGCUGCUGAGCAGAGGGACUCGACCAUGGAGCGACUGGUCGGUCAACCGUCGGCUCACUCGUCGAUGAUUGGUCAGCUACCAGGUCCGGCGGUUUCAGUGAGCUUCGAUCAAGGUGGAUGGGAUUCUACUCUGAGUCGGAUGAUUGGUCGGCUCUCCCAUCAGUCCAGCUCUCAUUGGCUGAGUGGUGGGCAGGACUUUUACGCAGGUCAGCUGAUGGGUCAGGUGCCAUCGGAUCAGUCGGCCACAUGGCUGGAUGGAGGCCCGGAGGAGAGCCGGAUGAGACCGCUGGUCGGGGAGCUGGAUGAGUCUGCUGGCCAGCACAGUGGAAGCUCAGGUGAAAGAACACACGUGGAUCUUGGUGUCUCAACUGAUGCCAGUGUGCCGUCGUACCCAGCGUUUCCUCCCGAAGCCUCAUCUCACAGAGUCUCCGUCCAGGGUGUGAGUCCACAUCCACGGGACCAAACCAGUCCAGUGGACCUUGACACAGAGAGGACUGAGGUGUUUCCAGGCUCAGACUCAUUCCACCCGCUGCUGGCUGAGGUCACCCACAACGAAACCGCAGACCCCUCCACGAUCUUUCACCUGCCCGGACACGAUGAGCCCGCCUCCCCUGCAGGGGAACGCAGUGUUUCCACAACCAACACUGAUCCUUCUGUUGACUCUGAACCGUCACCUGAGCGCAUCAGAGCAGACGAAUCGUCCAACUGCGUGGCAGCUUUCCCCUCCUUGCAUGAAUCCUUCUCCCAGCUCAUCACCUCCCAGUGCCGUCCCCAUGAAUCUGUCCUCGUGGUGUCUCCCACCACGAGGACAGAUGUGGAGCUAACCGCUCUGAGCCUGUCAAAUUUAACCAUGUGUGAUGAAACACCUACUGUGGGAAUGCCGCAACCGGAGGGAGCCGCAGACAGAAACAUCUCAGAUAUGAUAUUGGAAGCUGCCAGUGAGAAGGGGAUCCUGGAGCAGUCAGAGAUAACACUAGUGAGCCUGGCAGACACCACAAUGGAGGACCAAGAGACCUGCAUCACUGAAGAAGAGGGACUCCUUGAAGACAAACCUUCAGAUGGGGUGAGAGAGGAAGGACAGAAAGGCCGAGAGACAGAGGGGUCCGAAUCCACGUUAUCACUGGAUAAGACUCCAGAGAACAAGAACCGAACACAUCCAGAUUCAAAGAUGCUCCUGGAGUUUCAGCGGGGUCCGAGCAGAGGCCUGCAGGAGGUCCACCAGCAGAAGCGCAGAGCGCUGCUCGAGAGAUCGUCCCGCAGGGUGGAGCAAAUCAAGGCCAAAGGGGCUCUCGCCAAGAUUCAACCUGAGAUCCGAGCUCUGUCUGAAGCCAGAGAGCCGUCUAAAGCUACGCAGCCUCAACCAGCCACCUGUAAGACAAAGUCCGAACCUCAACAUAAGACUAUUGCCAAGUCAAAGGAAGGGCAGGCUGAGCCGCAUCUAACUACUGAGAAAUCUGGCUUCAUCAAGCUGAAAAAGCCCCAGCUUCCAUCUCCAGUGAGUGAUUCCAGGCUGAACCAGGUGGACGAGGUGAAGAGCUGCACACCGGAGCAAAGGAAACAGGAUGUUUCUAAGAUGCACCAGAGAACUCAGAGACUGUACGAGCAGCUGGAGGAGGUGAAGCAUCAGAAAGCCAUCAGGAACAAACAGGAAGCUUACGCAAAAAACAGACUGAAGGCCAGAGAGUUCCACAAGAAAACCUUACAGAAACUUCGUGCCAAGCAGACUCUAUAGUCACUCUGAAUGUAAAUUUAAGUUUAUUUGUAAAGUUUUAUCAAUAAAGCAUUUUAAGAUAUUUGAAUCCA